AUGAGAUUCUGGGAAGCGUCGAAUUAUUUAUUCAACUAUGCCUUCAACGAAGUCUCCACCGUCUUCUACGAAAGAUACCCAAACUCGUAUGCUAAGCACAUCAUGAGCGAAGAUGUGAUUGACCGACAGAUCACAAAAGACCAGAUUAUCACCAGGAAAUUGAUUGUGAAGAAAGGUGAGUUCAAUUUUGUGAUUGCUCUUGGGUUUUAGGCUUGUUUUGAUGAAGGUGAGGGCAGAUGGACGCGCACUUUCCCGGUGGGCUUUUAGAGAGGGGCUUGGUGCUUCUAAUUCUAAAAUAGCUUUUUGAAAGGGUGGGAAUAAUCUAUUUUUGGGAUUUCCUUUAUGUUAUACAUGCCAAAAAUAAAAUUUAGUGUUUCAAAGGGAAUUCGAGAGUUUGAUUUGGUUCUUUUUUGUUUGUGAGUGGGGGAAUAUUAUUGUCAAGCUGUACUUGAAGUUUUUUGGGCGAGUUUAACUCCCAUCUUUUUGUUUUGACUCAAAUUAUCUUAUCCAUCCCACAUAAAAUUAGGUCUUCUAUUCUCUUUCAAUUUAGGCCGCAUUUUGAACAGUUUAAAGGCGUAUUCAUAGGAAAACACCUAGUUUAUAAUUUCCAUAAUGGUGUGGACCUCUUACACGUUGUUUCAUUCUUUUAUGUCGAUAUUAUUUUAGGUAACAGUUUCUUGAACGCCGUCCCGAAAUGGAUGAGUCGUCUGGCUUCCGUGAAGACGAUUCCAACAAUUGAGGAGAGCAUAUUCGAUAGAAGGACGAGGAAGCUAACAACAUACACAAGAAACGUUUCAUUUCGAGACAUUCUGAUCCUUGACGAGAAAUGUUAUUAUCAUCCAGUGGUAAGCUCGUUUUUUCCUUUUGAUUUUCGGUUUUUAGGAUCAGAACAAGACUGAGGUUCGUCGAGAAGUGGCCUGCGAAGUGAAUUACGGAAGAUUCUCGGGCCUAAUUGAGAAAGUUAUCCUCAUGACCUUCCGGAAAACAAUCAAGAAGACGUUGGCUGGAUUUAACGAGAAGCUAGAAGAGAGAUUUGACCGACAUGCGAAUCAACGGAAUCUGGGUAUCACUUCAUUUCGUGGUCAACCAAUUUCGUUCGACAAAGCUUGAGUGAUCUGGAGAAUUUUUUGACAUCUAAAUUAAUAUUGGUAAUUCAAUGGUGUUGUCAUCGUAAUACAGAGUCUUUACUAGUAUUCUACUACUAAUUUCUUCCCGAAUUUUCAAUUCAAACUUUAAAAAAUUAAGUUUUAUAUCUGUUGUAUAUUACACUUGGCCGAUGCCUGCCAUUCCACCAGUCCCUUCUCAAACGUGAAGCGCUUUCUCCCACGUCCAGUUCUCGCUCCCGGCGUUGUUCAGAAUCAAAUUUCUGGUCUCACAUUGUUGUGGCCUCCGAAAUCGAGGCGCUGUUUUUAACUUGUUCAGUUUUCAUACGAAAUUUAUUGUUGAUCUGUUGUAUUUUCACCGCAAGUGGAGCGAUUUUUUGUUCCACAAAGGAAUAAAGAGUUUUAUCGGAGUUGACUUUGAAUUUCAGGUGUUGGACUAUCUGUUUUUCGCAGAUUUUUAUACUUUUAUUAGUUUUUAGUACCUAUUAUAACAGUUUUGAUGGUUUCACAUUUUUUGAAGGUGAUUUUUUGGCGUUCAAGAGAUUUUUAGAGAUAAUGUUGAAUAAGUUUUAUGAAUUAUCCCAAUUUUUUGCCAUUUGUCGAGUUCCUCUGUAAUUUCUGACCAUUUUUACAUACCUUACCUACUACAAUAUAAUUUUAAUUUUUUUCAGGGCUCUAUGUCCACUGUGUGGAAAGCUUUGUGUGUUCUGAGUCUCGUAUCGCUUGCUCAUUGUGCCUACUCAGCAGCUCAGCACAGAUCCUUCCUUCGGCUCGUUCAGAAAGAAUUCACCAGUCUUCCACUGGAUAUUGUAAUACAGACCUUCGUGUCGCUGCUGGUCGCUGUUUUUGCCUGUGCCCAUAUUGCUGGUGAAUUCCAGUACAUCCGAAACGAUCAAACGGUAAGAUUUUUUAUUUUUUUUGUUGGUUUUUAGAACAAAAUAAUCAUGGAUAAUAUCGGAUGGAACUUGAUGUUAAAUACGAGAGGCUGAUGUUAUAUUUUCAGCCCAAGAAAGGCGUCUGGAACCAGGUGGGCAAUCGCGUCAACUUCUACAUCUUCGAACAUCGCGCAAAAUGCUUCCAGCCAAAGUUCGAUUGAUCCCUCGGGCAUUCCGCCGAUCUGCUCAUUCCUCAGCUCAAACCAAGAACCUGGAGUAAGAUAUCACUUAAUUUAUAACCUAAAUGCUCUUCUUUUGGUCUCGGCUACUGUGAUUUCGUCACGGUAGCUAUAGUUUUUUAGUUUUCGGUCUUUUUUUGCUAAUAAAUUGAUAAAAUAAGGAAACUUUGAUGGAAUUAGCUAAAAAUUUUUAUUGAAAUUAUUUGAAAACACUUGUAAAUGAAUGAAAAUGGCUUAUCAUUUGUUUUAAGCCCUCUCCACCACUGCCGACAACUCGUCCAUCGCCACGAUUACGAGCAUUUCCUCACCAUCCAAUUGAUCAAGGAUAACGAAAUAAAGUCCGCUUUGCUCUCAAUUCUGUCGCUAAAUGUGGAAAUAUCACUGAUUCGAGCUAAAAUACGCCCGAAUUCGGGAGUUGACGGGAUAAAUCAGCUGAAAUUUUGGAAGGAUUCGAUGAAAAUCUUGGCUGGAUUGGAAAAAGGGCCAGUCCCACGGUAAGAAAUGAUUUUCUGGAGAGAAAUUUUGAUGCGAAAUUACAGUAGAAUGGUCUGGAAUUACUGUAAGAGCUUUUAUUUUCAGCCAACCGACGAUCAAAGCGCUCCAGGCAAAUUGCAAAAUUGAUCAAACUAAACUAAUAUUAUUGGAGAAUUUGGUGACUGCGAGACAGCAAACCCUCGGAGAUCGACCUUUCAAGGAUAUGACGAGCCUAGAAGAACAUUCCAAACUUCUCAACUCAUCGUUAAUUCAAUUGCUGGCGUCGGAAUUGGGCUCGGAUUCAAAUUCGGAGGCCCUCAAAAAUGUUGCGGACAAAAUUGGAGUUUCGCUGGGCGUAACCACUCUUAUGAGGUGAGUUUGCAAAAAGUCGCAAGGUGAAUUGCCCUGAAAAUUCGAGAAAAUGGUUUUUUUCGCUACUUUUCUGUUGGUUUUUGAGCAAGACGCAAAAAAACACUUGAAGAGCCUUUCGUUUCGUUUUCCGAAAAGGCCAAAAGAAAAAGAAGCGAAGCCGCGAGUGUGCCCGGUUAGCUCAGUCGGUAGAGCACCAGACUCUUAAUCUGGCUGUCGCGGGUUCGAGCCCCGCAUCGGGCUAAGGCACUUUUUGCGGGAAUUUUUUAUUUUUUGGGUGAAAAAGUGGAAAAUAAAAAUUUUUGAAUGGUUUACUGGGUAUUUAUUCGGUUUAUGCAGGCUGAAAUAACGAUUUUUUAAAGGUUUUUUAUGGAAAAAGUCGAAAUUUUUUUUGAAAAAAUAAUUUUUUUUCAGAGCGACUCUUCCGUUAUUGAAAGAAGGAGUAGUAAUGCUCCCUCAAGACCUCCUCCAAAUUCACGGGCUCACUCCAGAUCGCGUCUACAACAACAAAAACCCAGAGGCAUUCAAAGCGCUAGUCAAGGAUUUGUACAGCACCGCUGAAAUCAGCCUUAAAUCUGCUCGAAAGUUGUCGGCGGAAAUUCCGGCAACCAAAAGACCGGCAUUUAUGGCGUCAGCCUUGAAAAUCGAUCAUGCUUUGAAGUGUGUGAAACGGGCGGACUACAGUCUGUUCACCAAGGAAUUGCAGCAACAUGGCCCGUUUGCGGCGACGGUUUUGUGGUGGAGAUUCAAAAGGAAUCGUUUUUAG